AAGACCAGGAUGUUGGAGGGGGGGUCAGUGAAGAGGAGCAGCAGGUUGAAGGGCCGGCAGCUGCAGAAAGCAGAACAACCCCCCCCCACACCCCCCAGGGACAGUGAGGCGUUCCCCAACCAGGAAGGAUGAAGAAACCUUCAGCUGCUGAAACCACAACCGUCACAGCAGGUCUGAGUCCAGGUCUGAGUCCAGGUCUGAGUCCAGGUCUGAGUCCAGGUCUAAAACCAGGUCUAAAACCAGGUCUGAGUCCAGGUCAGAGUCCAGGUCAGAGUCCAGGUCUGAGUCCAGGUCUAAAACCAGGUCUAAAACCAGGACUGAGUCCAGGUCAGAGUCCAGGUCUGAGUCCAGGUCAGAGUCCAGGUCUGAGUCCAGGUCUGAGUCCAGGUCUAAAACCAGGUCUAAAACCAGGUCUAAAACCAGGACUGAGUCCAGGUCUGAGUCCAGGUCAGAGUCCAGGUCUGAGUCCAGGUCUGAGUCCAGGUCUGAGUCCAGGUCUAAAACCAGGUCUGAGUCCAGGUCUGAGUCCAGGUCUGAGUCCAGGUCUGAGUCCAGCUCAGAGUCCAGCUCAGAGUCCAGCUCAGAGUCCAGGUCAGAGUCCAGGUCUGAACCUGGCUCCUCCUCCGGCCGAGUUCUGCUACUGCGGGAGCACCAUUUUCCUGAGGAACCACAGGAGGGUUCUGCCGCUGGUGCCGCCUCCCUGCGUGCUCUUCCUCCAGAGGAAGUCUCCGUGUCCUCGGAGGUGCCUCUCAUGCUCCUCCUCUGACUCCUCCCCCCAUCAGUCCUCCUCCUCGCCGCCUCCCGUCCAGACCUCCCUCAUCACCGGUCCAGAUCCGUUAGGCUGGAAACUUCGUGGCCCCCCCAGGAGUCGUUCCAACAGGCUGUCCCUUCAGAUCGCCCUCCCCACCAUUCCUGACCCCCCAACCGGAGAUCCUCCAUCCACGACCCGACCCAGACCCCUCCCUCCUCGCCGCCACUCCGAGCCCUCCUCCUUCCAGAGCCCCCCUCCGCCUCCUGUGACCCCUCAGCUCCUCAGGGAGGUCCAGCUCUGCUCCGUCCUCCUCUCAGGCGGUCCGGACGCCGUCUUCGGGGAGAAGGUGCCCCCCCCGGUUCCGGAGAAGACCGCCAUGGCGAGACAGAUCGCCCAGCUGAUCGCCCUGUCCCGGCGCCGCUGCAGGUCGGUUCCGGGUCCAAUCAUCCGAGCAGGAAAAAACGCCGGCAGAGUGAUGGGAGGCCCCUCCCACCUGAGCAGGAUGCUGGCAGCACAGCUGGACGGGCUGCGCGUUUCCGUGAGGGAAGGCUCCGCCCCCCGCUUCCCCGGAUGAGAGAUGGGCUGAAGACGGACGAAGACGCACUUCUUCCUGUUUCUGCUGCAAGCAAAUGUUGUUCUUCUGCUUUAGUCCUCCAAGCUGGGAGGUCUGCUCAGGUCUGAUGAAAGUGGGAGGAGCUAAUGAGGGCUUCAAUGACGUCACAUGUCAGCAGCUUCGAAACAUUCCAGAUAAAACAGAGAAAUGAUGGUUUAAAUGUAAUGACCGGAUUAUCUGUUUCCAUCAGGUGUUUCUGUGCAGAAUAAAAGCUUCAGGUUGUUCUGG